AUGACGCUUCGAAAUAUAUUUCCGUAUGCAAAGUUUGACGAUGUUAAGAGGCUCCGCUUCCAAAUCAAUCGCCAAAACUCUACACAAAAUGCGAAACGUGUCAUGAACGCGUGGAUUGAUGAGACGUGGCCAGUCCCCCAGUCAACCACAGAAUCACCAUCCACGUCAUCUGAAUCUCCCUUCAUUGGAUCAUUUGCAAACCCAUCACAUCCUAAAGAUUCUGGAGAGGACGAUUUCCAUGUGGAUGAUAGUUCAGAAGGCUCUGGAAAUAUUGAUGAAAAACCACAUUUUGGAGAUCAAAUAAAUGAAGUAACGGAUUUAUCGGAGGUCACGACAACACUGACAGUGGAUUCUGGAGACGACUUCUAUUACGACGACACGAAUGAUACAGUAACCGAUGAUAACAGUUGGUGGACGACGACUUCUACCACGUUGAAGCCACUGAAAUUCAAGAGAUCAGUGGAUGGGGAUACUGUAACGCGGAAUUGGGAGGACGCAUGGUUCAAAAAUGAUGUGAUGAUGACCACCCCUCACCCGUGGAAGAAUCGGUGUCUGUAUGACAAGGAGUUUGCCAGAAGCCAAGGACUCGCCUUCUUGGAUCACAGGGAUACUCUGAAAAUAUAUAUUCGAUACAUUUUUAGAAUCGGACAGGAGCAGAAGUUGUUGACAAAGGAGGAGGCGGAGAAGAUGCGCGACAUUUUCUGGAAAAACGACCGUCUCUACGACCACAACUUCCCGCGAGUGGAACUCGGAUUCUUGAAAGAAGUCACCGAAGAUCACGUCUGGAAACAAUCGGAUUAUGUGAUCUACAGAAAUCUUAAAAUGUAUGCUGCUCAUUGGUACAAGUUCCCGCCGAUUGCCGAGAAGUUGAACUGGGUGCUAGAGGAGGACUCGUGGUCGUGUAGAUAUCAACAUUAUAAGAUGGAGCAUAAUUAUUGA